AACAUGAUCAACUAGGAGAAUGGGAAAGCACAAUAAACAGUUCACAGGAAAAAAGAAAACAAACAACGACAGAAGGCGACACAGAGACGACAAGUUUGAUGUCGAUAAGUGUAACAGAGAUUUUGGCUCAUGUCAGAUUGACAGUGAUGAAGAAUCUCCAUCAUAUGCCCCUGAAAACUUCCCAUGUCCAUUAGGCAUGUGGGAUUUGGAGCAUUGUGAUCCCAAAAAAUGCAGUGGUAGAAAACUAGGACGAUUGGGAUAUGUGAAAACUCUUAGACUGCAACAGAGGUUUAGUGGACUAAUACUGUCACCAAUGGGGGUCAAGUGUGUGUCUCCACAGGACAGGGAGAUUGUGGGGGAGCAUGGAGUGGCGGUGAUAGAUUGCUCCUGGGCUCGAUUAGAGGACACCCCCUUCUCUAGAAUGAGAGGGGGCCACCCUCGUCUCCUUCCUUAUCUGGUGGCCACAAACCCAAUCAACUACGGAAAGCCGUGCACAUUGUCCUGUGUAGAGGCUUACGCUGCAGCUUUCUAUAUCACAGGAUACAAAGAACUUGGUGAAAUUCUCCUGAAAAAGUUUAAAUGGGGUCAUACAUUUUAUGAGGUGAAUGAGGAAUUGCUGGAAAAAUAUGCCAAGUGUAAAGACAGCGCUGACGUUGUGGCAGCUCAGAAAGAGUACUUAGAACAGUUGGAAGUGGAACACAACAAGCCUAAACAAGAUCUGACAGACAUAGACAUGGAUCUGGAGCACUGUAAUCCAAACCGAAGAGUGGGAGAACUUCCACCUAGUGACAGUUCUGAUGACAGUGAAGAGGAAGAAGAUGAUGAUGAAGAAGAGAAGGAGAGAGAGGAGAAGAAUGAAAAGGAGGAGGAGGAGGAAGAAGAGGAGAGUGAGGAGCAGCAUUCUGCUGAGGAGUGCAAUAAGAGGGACAGUGCUUGUGGAGGCACAGAUAAAGGGGAAUCUCCCCAAUGCAAGCCUUCCAUAGGAACCUCAACAAGUCCAACUUAAAAUCUCAAUAUAGUGAAGAAGCUAGUACAUUAGAAGAUACACUUUGAACCUGUUUUUAAAUGUAUAUACAUGUAAUUUAUAAAGUAUUAUGAAAAAGAUAAAUAAAUAAUGAAUUGAUGCAUUAAAAUUGUUUUUUUAGUUACAGAUAAAGCGUAAAGCUCUUUCUGUCAAAUAAAAAAUAAGGUGUUUUAUUACAUGUAGUAUUCACUGAGUAUUAACACUAGUCCUAUAUUUCUUUUUUUUUUAAUCUGUAUUUUCAUUUGAGCUAUUUUAUGCUGAAUUACAUACUCAAGUGCUGUAAUAACAAAAUACCAAAUUUCCACUUUUCAUGGUAUAGAGCACAAAAAUACAAUUUUAAAAAAAAGCAUUUUAAUAUUAAACAAAUGCAAAAAAUUGCACAACAUUUAAUCUUUGGAAAACAAAAGUAAUCUAAUGGGACUGCCAUGACUAUCAAAAAACAGACAAUACACAAACUCACUUUUAAAUAAUGAAGCUAAAAUGUAAACUGGAUUUCAUUUAUGCAUAAUAAGUUUUAAAUUAUAUUGUACAAAUAUGUCAAAUUUUAAAACAUAAAAAAUAAAGCUUACAUGUAUAUGAUCAUCAUAACAGUGUAAAUAUAUGGAUACAAAAUAUUCCAUCUAAGAUCAUGAAAUUAUUACUGACACAAACAUUAUACUGUUUGUUGUUCGUUAUUCAAAUUCACUGAAAUGAUAAAUGCUUGCAAUAAUAUUUUUUACAUACACUGUAUAAUAUCAAAAAAUAUAUUUACAUUAAUCACCCUAAACACAAUGAAUUAUACAUGUAUUCACUCAAAAAUAACU